ACAUUAUCACAAAUUUGUUUAGUCAGUUCAGUAUAACCAGUGUCUCUAUUAAUGUCAAGCAUUCAAAAAAAAAAAAAAAAUACAUCAAUUAAAUUAAUUUAUCAAAUAUUAGAUUGAUAAAUAAACUAAUAAUAUUAUUAUUUUUUUAAAUUAGUUAAAAACUAUUGACAAAACAUCAAAGACAUUUUUAAAAAAUUUUUUUCGAUUGUGAUUGAGACGCGGACAAUUACUAAUAACUUGUGUUAAAAUUAAUUAUUAAUUGUUGUUAUUUAGGUGAAAAUAAAUAGUGAAAGUUUAAUAUUAUUGUUUUUUUUUUUUAUUUAUAUAUAUUAUUAUUUUUUAUUUGUAUAAUGUCAAAUAUAUGGAUUGAGUUGAAUCACCUGUUUAUUUAAAUCUAGACUUUGAAUAGAUCAUUUUUUUUUAUAUUUUUUAAAGCUAUAAUAAUAAUAGUAAUAAAUCAUCAAAAUGACUGUGAUUAUGGAAGAUACAAAUACCUUAAUUUCGUGGCCAACGAGAUUAAAAGUUGGAGCAAAAUCAAAAAAAGAUCCACAUAUAAAAGUUGCUGGUCGUUCUGAUGACGUAUGUACAGCAAAAGAAAAAAUUAUGCAGAUUUUGGAUAUAAGACAAAAUGUACGUGUUACAAUGAAACUUGAUGUUAGUUAUACUGAUCAUUCACAUAUUAUUGGAAAAGGUGGAUUAACAAUAAAACGUGUUAUGGAAGAGACUGGAUGUCAUAUACAUUUUCCAGAUAGUAAUCGUAGUAAUCAUCAAGAAAAAAGUAAUCAAGUAUCAAUUGCUGGUGAAAUGGAAAAUGUUGAAAAAGCACGUGCACGUGUUCGUAAUUUAACACCACUUAUAUUUUCAUUUGAACUACCAAUAAUGGGAUCAAUGCAAUCACCACCAGAUUCAACAUCACCAAAUAUUAUUAAAAUACAAGAAAAAUUUAAUGUACAAAUUAUGUUUCGUACAAGACCAAAAUUACAUGCAACACUUGUUGUUGUUAAAGGAUGUGAAUGGGAAGUUCAAAAAGUCAAAGAAGCAACAAUAUUUUUAAUUAAUUAUUUUUGUAGAAAUCUUGCAAAUCAAAUAUUGGUUCAUAUGUCAAUGGAAAUAUCACCACAACAUCAUAGUAUUGUACUUGGUAAACAAAGUAAUAAUUUACGUUUAAUAAUGCAACGUACAUCAACACAAAUAAUGUUUCCUGAUGCUGGUGAUCCAAAUAUACCAAAUUUAAAAAAAAGUAAUGUUACAAUAACUGGAUCAAUUGAUAAUGUUUAUAUUGCACGUCAACAAUUAGUUGGUUCAUUACCAUUAGUAUUGAUGUUUGAUUUACCAGAAUUUUCAUUAGAAACUGUUGAAACAGAUAAUUUAAAUAAAAUGAUGCAAAAAUAUGAUGUAUUUAUAAAUGUACGUCAUAAACCAAAACAAAAUUCAUUAUCUGUUAUAAUAAAAGGUGUUGAAAGAAAUGCAACAAAUAUAUAUGAAACAAGAAGAAAAUUAUUAAAUAUUGUUGAACCAAUUGUUGAAGCAAAAAUACCAUCAACAUGUAAUUUAACAAAUGCAACAAAAAUAUUACAAAAUACUCAAAUUUCUUCAGCUAAUAAUAGUCCAAAUAAUAAUUACAAUAAUAAUAAUAAUUUAUUUACAAAAAUAAAUACACAAAGUCCACCAUCAUCAUCAUAUACAAUAUCACCAUUAUCACCAACACAAAUGGGUUUAUCAUCACCACCAUGGAAUUAUUCAUCACAAAUGCAACAAUCAUUAUAUUCACCAUUAUUAAAUACAACAUAUGCAUUUAAUAAUCAAUCAAAUACAGCUGUAUUUGCUGCUGCAGCACGUGCAUUACAAACAAAUAUUAUAAAUCAACAACAGCAACAACAACAACAACAACAAGCUAUUAAUUUAGCAACACAAAAUUUACUUGCUUUAAAUAAACAACAACAACAACAACAAAAUUAUAAAAAACAUCCACCAGGUUUUCCACCACAUCCAUAUCAUAAUACAUCAUUAAAUUUACAACAACAAAAUGAUAAUAAAGAUAAUCAUUAUUUAUCAUUAAGUAGUGGUGCAUCAAGUACAAUGUCAAGUCCAGCAAUAAGUCCAAGAAAUAUAUCACCAAUUUGUACAUCUGAUCAUACAUCAUAUAAAUUAUAUCAAUUUAAUGAUCUUGCAACAUCAUUAGCAAGUAUUGGACUUGAUAAAUAUAUACGUACAUUUACAUCACAUGAAAUUGAUAUGGCAACAUUUGCAACUUUAACUGAAAAAGAUCUCAAUGAAAUUGGAAUUAAUGCUUGGGGUGCACGUCGUAGAAUGUUGCUUCUAAUUGCUGAAAUUAACAAACGUACAAAGCCAUUUUCUGGAAGUGCUGCACCAGGUGCUGAGAGAAAAUCAUCCUUGACAAAUUGCAACAGUGUCGAGUGGUAAAUCUAACUAAAAGACUUGAAGAAAAAAAAAAUCGAAAACAAAGGAAAAAGGAGAAGACAAAAAAAAAAAAAUUAAUAAAAUGGUAAAUUAUAAAAAAAAAAUUUAUAGAUUAAGAUAAUGAGGUUUGACCUACAUUGAAUUAACGCUAAACAAUUGCAUGAUUAUGGUUAAUUAAUUCAGGGGGGAGGGAAGGGGGGGAAUAGCGUUUGUGAUAAGCUAAAGAAAAAAAAAGUUGUUUUUUCGAAUUUUUUUUUGUCAAUUCCCUUGGCCUCGUCUGCAAUCAACUGUGUAUGAUUGUUGAAUUUUUUAUAAAUGUAUAUAGAUGCGUGUAUUUUUAAAAUAGAUAAUUUUGUUUACUUUUUUUUUUUUUUUCUAUUUUGUCAAGGUCAAUGUGACACUGAGUGCGUUUUUGCUGGCAAUCACGCGAUAUCCAGUCGAAAUUAUGAUUAUUUUUUCUAUUUAUUUAUUUUAUUAUUUUUUUUUUUUUGUUUAUUGAUUUAAUCGAAAAUAAUUGGGCAAAAUUUAUGAGAUUGUUGAGCUUUGGAAAUUUUUUUUCUUUGGUAAUUAACAUUGUUUA